AUGCUGGACGGCGGGUUAGGUAAAUUGCAGAAGAAGAUGCGGGGAAGAUUCAAUGAUAUGUUGACCCCCGAAGAUGCAUACCUGAGCUUGACUAGAGAGGACAUGCAAACUCUCAAGAACGACUGGCUCACGGAUAAUGUCAUCUCAUUCUGGGAGGAAUACCUGGAGCAUGAAUUCCUGACAAAAUACCAAUCUUCCAACAUCAUUCUCCUCCGCCCCAGCAUGUCCUUCAUGCUCGCGCAAACCCGCGACCCUCGAACCCUCCGCGAGGCCCUCCCCGACUUCUCCCGCGCCACCCACGUCUUCCUCCCCAUCAACGACUGCCGGAACGUGACACAAGCCGAAGGCGGCUCGCAUUGGUCGCUGCUACUCAUCUCUGUCGUCGACCGCAUCGCAUUCCACUACGACUCGCUAUACCAAGGGAACCAGUGGGAGGCUGCAGACGUGACAAGGAAGUUCGGAGCUCUGUUGAACUUGCCUAUCAACUUCAUGCAUCUCCGUGACUCGCCGCAGCAGGAUGGCGGUAGCGACUGUGGCGUGUUCGUGUGUCUGAACAUGCGCCAUUUACUUCUCAAGCGAUUGCUCAUGGCCAGUGCGCAUGAGAAAAUCAGCAUGAGUCUUGGAGGCCGGAAGGUUGAUGCGCCUGGGGGACGCAAGGAGAUGGCGAAGAUCAUCGAGGGAUUCCGGAAAGAAGGCGAGCGUCGACGAUCGACGAGCGUGAGCCGGAGCCCCAUGGGCAAGAAGUCGCGGAGCCCACCACGUAUCGAAUAA